AUGGCAGCGUAUUGGCUGCAGAGCCUCACACCAGCGGCUGCCUGCCAGUUGUUUUAUGUUGUCGCAUCACUUUUCGUACUAGGAAUCACGAUAAUGCCCGACUCGGCUAAGGGCCUGUUGCUCUCUUACGGGCCGCGAUCACAGCAGAAGCAGAGGCAGAGGCAGACGGACCAAAAACCAAUUGCUGAACAAUCGCAAAAUGCAAAUGGCGAUGCUUGGUUCAUACAGCUUCUCGAUUGGAUCACAUCGAUUGGCAAGGUGCCACACUCGUGGUUCGCGCACUUCUACAUUAUCUCGGUCGUCUGCUCGGCCUUCUGGGCGACACAAUUCUUCACAAACGGCAGGAUAUUGCGGUCUGCAGUGUCCCAAGGAUCAUUUGCAAUGACAGCCAGUGAGCGCGGCAUGACGAUGGACCAGGUUGUCUUGACAUGGAUUCUGAUGAGUCUUCAAGGCGGCAGACGACUGUAUGAGAGCUUGUUUGUUAUGCGGUCGUCGUCAUCGCGCAUGUGGUUCGUACACUGGGCGCUGGGACUUGCCUUUUACUUUUCCACGAGUAUCGCUGUGUGGGCGGAGGGUUCGCGAGCGAUACUGCACUCUCGUCACCAAAUCGCGGAUCUCGAGAUGCCGACGUUCAAGACUGUGCUCGGGACACUCGCAUUCUUUGUGGCGUGGUUGUCGCAGAACAGAUGUCAUGUGUACUUGUCCACUCUCAAGAAAUACUCGCUCCCGGAUCGGGGCUUGUUCCGCUUCAUAGUGUCUCCGCACUACACUUGCGAAUGCUGUUUAUACCUGGCUUUGGCCAUCGUUGCUGCACCAGCAGGCAAGCCAAUCAACCGCACAUUGCUAUGUGCGGCUAUGUUUGUUGCCAUCAACUUAGGCGCAACUGCAGCUGGUACCAAGCAAUGGUACGAAGAGAAAUUUGGCGCGGACAAGGUGCGGGGAAAGUGGAGGAUGAUUCCCUUGGUGUACUAG